UUGCAGUGGGACCCCAUGAUCACCACGCUGCCCGGCCUGUACCUGCUCUCGGUGGGGCUGGUGAAACCCGCGGCCUGGCUGCUCGGCUGGACCGGACGCGUCGUGUGCUCGGUGGGAAUGCUCAGGUUUAUCAAUCUCCUCUUCAGUGCCGGCAACUUCUAUUUGCUGUAUUUGCUUCUGCUCAAGAUCCAUCAGAAGAAUAAGGCUGUGUCUGGUUUCCAGAGAAUAUUGUCUGCAUUAACUCUUGCAGUGUUUCCCACCCUUUAUUUUUUUACAUUCCUUUAUUAUACGGAUCCAGGAUCAGUAUUUUUUACUCUCUUUUCCUAUUUAAUGUGCCUUUAUGGUAACCAUAAGACUUCUGCUCUCCUUGGAUUUUGUGGCUUCAUGUUUCGUCAAACAAAUAUUGUGUGGACAGUUUUUUGUGCUGGAAAUGUUGUUGCAGAGAAGCUAAAUGAGGCCUGGAGGACUGAGUUGCAGAAAAAGAAAGAUGAAAAGAUUUCGUCCAGGAAAGGAUCAUCUUCUGAUUUGACCAGAAUACUGCAGUUUCUUGUUCAGUAUCUCGUGUCACCUAAAAACUUAGUUACACUUACUGCUCUAACUUGGCCAUACAUCAUAUUAGUAUCUCUCUUCUUUGUUUUUAUCUUCAUCAAUGGUGGCAUAGUUGUUGGUGAUAGAAGUAGUCAUGAAGCUUGUUUACACUUUCCUCAGCUGUUCUAUUUUCUGUCCUUUACAGUUUUUUUUUCAUUCCCUCAUUUAUUGACCCCUGCUAAAAUCAGGAAAUUCCUUUUGUCAUUGCGAAAGCACCCUGUGCAGUAUAGCCUAAUCACUGUCAUCUCUUUAUUCCUGAUCUGGAAAUUUACUUAUGUCCAUAAAUAUUUACUAGCAGAUAACAGACAUUAUACAUUCUAUGUCUGGAGAAAAAUCUUCCAAAGACAUGAACUUGUAAAAUACCUGUUAGUUCCCUUCUAUGUAUUUGCUGGCUGGAGUUUUACUGAUACGCUCAAGUCAAAAUCAAUAUUCUGGAUCUUAAUGUAUUUUGUGUGUUUAUUAGCAGUCACAGUUCCUCAAAAGUUGCUAGAAUUUCGUUACUUUAUUUUGCCAUUCUUAAUAUAUAGGCUCAAUAUUCCAUUUCUGUCUCUGUAUAGACAGCUUCUGGAGCUGGCUUUUUAUACUUUAGUAAAUGCUGUGACUUUGUAUCUUUUUCUAAACAGAACAUUCCAAUGGGAAAAUAAUGAUGAAGUACAGAGGUUUAUGUGGUGACUUUUUUUAUAUACUUUUAUACCUGA